CGUUCCUCAUUAAUUUUACGAAAAAGGGCCAAGAGAGACGACGGUAUCUAUCAGAGUGCAGAUUAUUUCAUUAGCCUAGGGAGAAGUGACUUGAGCGCGGAAGGAUCAAGCUAAAUACCUUUUGGGGGAAAGAAAGAAGUCCGUCUGGUAACUUCAGUAGGGAAAAGUUUGCAGGUCCUAGUAGAAGGCAAAAGUGGUAGCCUGAGUUCAGAGUGGCCCCUGAUACAUUGUAGCUGCAUCCCCUUUGCCCAUCAUUGCUCUCCCUAGUAAUAUGUCAGUUUCCCAGGGUCUGUCUUGCAGUUGGAGCUGGUACUGAGAAUAUCUAUCUUUAGUAGGGGGUUUGAAGAAUGAGACUGGGGCAUCUGCUAAGUUUUCCCAGCCUUGCUGUCCUACUAGGCUUGCUACUGUUGCACUGGGCGCAGAAUGCAGAAUCUGCGGCUUGUCAAGGCUGUUCUUCGGGAUCAAAAUGUGACUGCAGUGGAGUCAAGGGGGAUAAGGGUGAGAGGGGUUUUCCUGGGCAAGAAGGACAGCUAGGAUUACCUGGAUUUCCUGGACCUGAAGGACCGCCUGGCUCUCGUGGCCCUAAGGGUGAUGAUGGACUGUCUGGACCCAGUGGACCGAAAGGAAUAAGAGGACCUCCUGGACUUCCAGGAUUUCCAGGAACCCCUGGAUUGCCAGGAUUACCUGGUCAGGAUGGAGCUCCCGGACCUGCUGGUAUUCCAGGCUGUAACGGAACCAAGGGUGAUCGUGGCUAUCCAGGGGGUUCAGGAUUUCCAGGUCCUUCAGGUCCCAUGGGUCCUCCUGGUUUACCUGGGUUAAAAGGGGAGCCAGGAGAAGUAAUCGCUUCCUCACAAUCAGGACAGAAAGGUGACUCUGGAUUACCUGGCCUGCCAGGCUUACCUGGUCCUCCAGGAAGCCAAGGAGUACAGGGUCCCAUUGGUCGCCCAGGUCAACCAGGUUUACCGGGACCACCAGGACCACCUGGAUAUCCAGGAGUCAAGGGAAACAUGGGUUUGAAUUUCCAAGGAUCUAAAGGAGAAAAGGGUGACGCAGGUCUCCGGGGACCACCAGGACCUCCAGGACCAGUUGAUGAACAAAAGAAGUCGCCCGAUGUUCAAGUUCAGAAAGGGGAAAAGGGUUCAACUGGUCCCCAAGGAUAUCCAGGUGAACGUGGGUUUCCUGGCAUUCCAGGAUCCGCCAUAAAAGGAGACAAAGGAGAAUCCGGGGAAGCUGGAAAAAUAGGGAAAUCUGGAAAAGAUGGAAAGAAUGGAAUUCCUGGUUCUGAUGGCCUCUCUGGAGAUCGUGGUUUACCUGGAAGUCCUGGCCGAGAUGGCGAGAAAGGGCAAAAAGGAGAACGCGGUUUCCCUGGACCUCCUGGAGAAAUUAUUACAAGACCGGGUAUUGGUAGAGUAGGAGCAAAAGGAAACACAGGACCCCCAGGAUCACCAGGAAGUAAAGGAGAUCGUGGUUUUCAAGGUUUACAAGGGCCUCCUGGUAUGCCUGGACUCCCAGGUACUUCCAGUCCAGGGCCUUCUGGAGACCCAGGUUUCCCAGGAGAAAGUGGGCAGAAAGGAGAUGAAGGUCCACAAGGAAUAUCAAUACCUGGAAGUCCAGGCCUAGAUGGUCGUCCAGGAUCUCCAGGACCACCAGGACCCCCCGGCCUAUCUCCUUCAGUUGGAGAAGUAUGCGCACAAGGUCCUGCAGGGCUACCAGGUGAUCAAGGAUAUCAAGGAGAGAGAGGACAGAAAGGAGACAAAGGAGAUACAUGCUACAACUGUUUGGACAAUGGUAUUCAGGGCCCACCAGGUGAUCCUGGGUUUCCUGGUCCUCCUGGUAGUCCAGGAUUGUCUGGAUUUCCUGGGCAAAAGGGGGAAGCAGGCCUUCCAGGUUCGAGUGGACCUCCAGGGCCUCCAGGUUUCUCUGGAACCCCUGGUAGUCCUGGUCGGCCAGGUCCUAAGGGAGAUCCCGGUGAUGUGGUUUCCAUACUUGGACUGAAAGGUGACAAGGGUGAUCCUGGAUUCCCAGGUCCAGGAGGGACACCAGGUCUAGACGGAAUCCCUGGACGAGAUGGAACCCCUGGAAUCCCAGGCCCCAAGGGAGAGCCAGGUGGUCUUGCUUAUAAAGGUGAACGUGGCCUCCCGGGAGAUAAUGGUUUGCCUGGCCUUACUGGUGACAGAGGUCCUAUGGGUCCUCCUGGCUUUGGUCCGUCAGGUCCCGCUGGUGAAAAGGGUGUGCAGGGAGUCUCUGGUCGUCCUGGGGCACCUGGAGUUCCAGGUCCUAAAGGAUCUGCUGGUCAAACAAUAACAGAGCCAGGUGUGCAAGGGCCACCGGGCAGUCCAGGUCUUCCAGGUGAUACAGGAACUCCAGGUGAACCAGGUCAGCCGGGUCAGCCUGGCAUUCCUGGUCUUCCAGGAUCAAAAGGUGAUCCAGGUAUCCCAGGAAUUGGACUUCCCGGCCCAGCAGGUCCAAAAGGGUUUCCUGGAAAUCCUGGACCACCAGGACCACCAGGUUCAUCAGGAAGACCAGGUUUAGAUGGAACACCAGGCCAGCCUGGCAUUCCAGGACCAAAGGGAGACCCUGGAUUUGGUUUGCCUGGACUUCAGGGUCAACCUGGAUCUCCUGGAUUGAAAGGAUCACAAGGACCAAAGGGAGAUUCUGGCUUUCCUGGAACCCCAGGAUCCCCUGGAAGAACUGGAUUUGACGGGGCUACAGGACCAAAAGGUGAUCCUGGUCAAAAUGGACUACCUGGAGCUCCUGGGGCUCCUGGCAACCCUGGGAUAGGAGGUCAGGGUCCACCUGGUCAACCAGGCCUUCCCGGACCACCAGGCCCACCAGGCUUAGCAGGUAUACAGGGUGAAAAGGGGGAUCCUGGCCUGCCAGGGUUUGAAACACCAGGGCCUCCAGGAGAGCGUGGUAGCCCUGGAUUCCCAGGAGAGAGGGGUUUUAAUGGACCCCCAGGGCCACCGGGAUCCCAAGGACGUGAUGGAGUACCAGGCUUCUCAGGUGCCAAAGGUGAAAUGGGAGUUAUGGGACCACCAGGUCCAUCCGGACCCUCUGGUAAUCCAGGAAGUCCUGGCUUUCCAGGCCCUAAAGGCAAUGAUGGAUUUCCUGGACAACCCGGUCUUGACGGAGCUCCUGGCCUGAAAGGGGACAAAGGAAAUAUGGGUCUUCAAGGUCCUCCUGGACCAAGUCUUUUAGGUGUUGGAUCUAAAGGGGUUAAAGGAGAAACUGGGCCACAAGGUGAUCCUGGGUUAACAGGAGAAAAAGGAUUUCCCGGAAUCCAGGGUAACCAAGGGUCACCAGGACAAAAUGGAUUUCCAGGAUCUCCAGGGGGACCAGGACCUAAAGGUGACCCUGGCUUUCCUGGGCAGUCUGGACUUCCUGGGUCACCUGGAUCAAAAGGCAGCAUGGGGGAGAUGGGGCUUCCUGGACCAUCUGGGGGUAAAGGUUCACCUGGACAACCCGGACGCCCUGGUUCCCCUGGGUCUUCAGGAUUUUCUGGAUUAAAAGGGGAGAAAGGUGAACCAGCAAUUUCAAGUUCUGGUCUGCCUGGGCUACCUGGACCAAAGGGUGAACCCGGACCAAGUGGGUACCCAGGCACUCCUGGCAACAAGGGGUCAUCAGGAAAUCCAGGACUGCCAGGAUUACCAGGUGUUCCAGGGUCUAAAGGAGAUUCGGGUCUUCCAGGAUUCCCAGGCAAUCCAGGUGCUCCAGGUGCUAAAGGAAAUGAUGGUCCCGCUGGAAACCCUGGCUCCCCUGGUUCUGCUGGACAAAGAGGAGAUCCUGGUCGACCUGGACAACCUGGAUCACCGGGUGAGAAGGGUCAACCUGGUCAAGAUGGAAUCCCUGGGCCAGCAGGCCUGAAAGGAGAACCAGGUCCACCUGGUUUUGGAUCCGCCGGAUUGCCAGGACGUCCUGGAAAUCCAGGUCCAAAGGGUGAUGCUGGAUUCCCGGGAUCUUCUGGAGCACCUGGAUCCCCUGGACUCAAAGGAGAUGCUGGCUAUCCAGGCAACCCUGGCCUUCAAGGACCAACAGGACCACCUGGUCCACCAGGACCUCGAACAGAUGGCCCCAAGGGGAACUCUGGACCUGUAGGUCCACCUGGAAGACCAGGUCCUCCUGGCCAAGAAGGAGCACGUGGACCACCAGGCAAUGGAGGGUUUAAAGGCGAGAAAGGAAACCCUGGACAAUCUGGUCAGCCUGGAUUCCCUGGAAGUAAAGGAGAGUCAGGGACACCUGGCUUCCCGGGUGACUCUGGAAGGCCCGGUCUUAAUGGCAUGAAAGGAGAUCAGGGUGUUCCUGGCGUCCCUGGAUUCCCAGGUAUGAAAGGACCAAGUGGACCUCCAGGUUUAGCAGGCUUGAAAGGAGAUCCAGGAAGCCCAGGAUUCCAAGGUUUGCCUGGACCUCCAGGACCUAGGGGUGACAUUCGUGAGAUAAAAGGUGCACCUGGACUACCAGGCCCUCCAGGUCGCCCAGGAUCCAAUGGACCCCCAGGACCACCAGGACCACCAGGAUUGCCAGGACCUCUUGGACCUCCAGGAGAUCCAGGCAGAGAUGGACUUCCUGGAUUUGAGGGCCAAUCAGGACGCAAGGGAGACAAGGGUCAACCAGGUCAACCAGGAUUUAGAGGAAACCAGGGUCCUCCUGGUCCAGAUGGAUUACAAGGGCCGCCUGGUCCUCCUGGAGCAGGUUCAGUAGCUCAUGGGUUCCUUAUAACUCGGCACAGCCAGUCCAUGGAUUCGCCAAACUGCCCAAUGGGUACUACCAGGAUAUACGAUGGAUACUCUCUUUUGUAUGUGCAGGGAAAUGAGAGAGCACAUGGCCAGGACUUGGGUACCGCUGGUAGCUGUCUUCGUCGGUUCAGCACCAUGCCUUUUAUGUUCUGUAACAUCAAUAAUGUGUGUAAUUUUGCUUCACGAAAUGAUUACUCCUAUUGGCUUUCAACACCAGAACCAAUGCCAAUGAACAUGGCGCCUCUAAGAGGCAGAGAGAUUCAGCCAUUUAUUAGUCGGUGUACUGUAUGUGAAGCUCCAGCUAUGGUCAUUGCUAUCCACAGCCAGACCAUUCAGAUUCCACCAUGCCCACAAGGAUGGGCCUCCCUAUGGAUUGGAUACUCAUUUAUGAUGCACACAAGUGCAGGAGCAGAAGGCUCUGGUCAAGCAUUAGCGUCUCCUGGAUCUUGUUUGGAAGAGUUCCGUUCUGCUCCUUUUAUUGAAUGUCACGGGCGUGGUACCUGCAAUUAUUAUGCUAAUUCAUACAGUUUCUGGUUGGCUACUGUGGAAAUGUCUGAAAUGUUUAGUAAACCUCAGUCUGAAACGCUUAAAGCCGGCGAUCUAAGAACACGCGUCAGUCGAUGCCAAGUAUGUAUGAAGAGGACGUAACACUUUGGAGAACUGGCUAACUGUGGAAGAAACCUUAGGUCUGAAUUGUCCACUGUGACAAUGGUGCUACUGUGUAGAUAAAGAGUAACAACAACAAGAUACUGUUUUAAACAAAUUCAAAUGUACCUCACCAAAGUGCCAUAUUGAGGAUUGUCUGGUGCAUUUUGACAAAAGGACUGAGAAAAAGAUUAACCUCUUGCUUCCAAGAGAGAAGCCGGCAUUCUGGCAAGGAUCAAAUGAAGUUUUUUUCCCAGUACCGAAAUGGCACUUUCAUUUUUUUUUUUCAUCACCUAAAAGAAGAAAUGCACUGAGUAUGUUUAAAAUAACAUGGCUGCAGGUUUGAAAAAGAGAGAAAUUUUCAUGGUGCUACUAACCCCCUCCGUAUCUCGGGUUUCUAAACAUAAAAAAAAAAAACGCUUAUUUCUCUUUGUAAGUAAUGAAAUGUGUAUAUUGUGUAAAACACUUUUUCUUUUUUGUUUUGUGUUUUUGUUUUUGUUUUUUUGUUUAGCCAUGAAAUCAUUUAUGAAAAUAAAAUUAUAAAAAUUAAAAAAAAAAUCACUUUUCAGUUCACAAAUGUACACAGGUUAAUAGUCAUAAUAUAUACAGAUGCAUUUUCUAUAUAUUUUAAAGCAACAAAAAAGUUUGAUUUGUUAUUGCAUCAGAGCACGUUCGAUUAUGUAGUUUGCAUUUUUUAUCUCCCUAUUUUCAAUUGGAGUUUUUGAAUUGUAUCAUAUUCUGAUUUGUAUCCAUUCUAAUCUAGAUUUUGUUUAUACGGUCAGCAUACAAUCCUUUGUUUUAUUUGUGCUUCCAAGUGCUGAAUAUUUUUUUAAGGUUUUUUUUUUUUUGUACUCUGAACACAUGAAAUAAUUAGCCAUAUUCUUUAUAAUAUUAUAAAUCACACAGCAAACAUACAGAAUAUGCUAUGUUAACUCUCUAAAGGAAAAAUUACCAAAGUAUUCACUCAUACGGAAAGUGUUGUAAUAUUAUUGAAACUAGCGUGACUGAAAUAAAGAGAGAUUGGCUAUA